CCCCAGGCUCAGCGUCCGCCAUCUUGUGUCGGAGGCUCGGCUGUAAGGAGGUGGCAGGGACAACCACAACCACAACGGCCGGGGGAGGAGAAGGCGGCAGCGGCGAUUCUAGGCGGUCCAGGCGGCGGGGAGGAGGAGAAGGAGGAGGGUGGCGGCCGGGCUUGGCUUCGGCUCCUUGAGGAGUUGGCGGCGGCGCGACCCGGGGAACCGGCAUUGUAUUCAGAGACUACUGAGAGGCCUCAGCAUCUUCCCCAUCAGGCACCUUGAACCCCCAGAGCCUUCCAGUGCACCAGAUACCAGGGAGGAACUGUUUGGAUACAUAAUCCUCCAUCAAAGAGCCCCUGCGAACAUCUGCUCUUGCAGACCCGGUUGGCUUCUAGCCCCUUCCAUCAGAGACUCGCCUCCCCAACCCCACCCUGGACCCAGCCUCUGCCUUCAAAAACCAACCUGGGUUCUAGCUGCUUUUUUCACAGAUCCCUUAUCCUCACAUCAGGCCUCAGAAUCUGCCCUCAGAUCCUUUCAAGGUCCCUAACGUCUGCAGUCAGGGGUUUUCAGCUUCUGCUUUCAGCCUCUUUGGACCCCAGGAUCAUUGUCAGAUGUCCCUUCCCCCCACAGGCCCUCUUGUUUUCUUUUUCUUUUUUUUUUUUUCCGAGACAGAACUGUUUCACUAUGUCGUCCAGGCUGGAGUGCAGUGGCGCCAUCUCGGCUCACUGCAACCUCCACCUCCUGGGUUCAAGCGAUUCUCCUGCCUCAGCCUCCUGAGUAGCUGGGACUACAGGCAUGUGCCACCAUGCCUGGCUAAUUUUUUGUAUUUUUAGUAGAGAUGGGGUUUCACCAUAUUGCCCAGGCUGGUCUUGAACUCCUGACCUCAGGUGAUCCACCUGCCUCGGCCUCCCAAAGUGCUGGCAUUGCAGGCGUGAGCCACCGCGCCUGGACAUGGUCCUCUUGUUUUCUACCGCAGUAGAAAACCCUCUUCUCAGCAUCUACCUUCAGCGCCUCCAUGGGGUCCUACAUAAUUGGUCAGAGAAACCCAACCCCACUUGGGGACCUAGCCAGUGUUUGCUUACUAACCUUUUUAAGGCCUGAACUAUCUGGGCCCAGCUUCCCUUUUCCACCCCCUCAGAGCAGCUGUGAUACCUAGCAUGUCCUGUCAGAGAUUGACACAGGGCCUUUGUGUUCCAUUAGAAACCUCUCCCAGCCCCUCACCAUCCACCCUCACAGCCUCCUGGGACUCUGUAGUAGGAAUGUCAGAUACAGCUCUCCUCUUGCAUGUCCCUAUCUAUUAUUUUUGGUUAAAGAUUUCUCUCUGCUACCAGUAUCUGUCUCCAGAGACCUCCAGAGCCUCAACAUCCUCCUGAUGGAGGCUACCCCUCCCCCCAGACCCCAACAUCUUCCUGCUGCCUCCUCAGACUCUAGAAUCCCCCACCCAUUCCCUUUGCAGCUUCCAUGGGGCCCAGCAACUGUCCUCCUACCUCCUUGCAGCCUCGGGGGGCCUCCACUGCAAUUUUUCAGCAUUUCUCCAAAAGAGCCUUUUCCAGAGAUCCGAAUUUGAGUCUUUUCCUAAUAUGCUAGCCUAGUCCCUUCCCUCCCAGGACUUCUAACAUCUCCUUUCCCAUUUGUCUCAGAGCCUCCUUGCUCUUAGACACCCACUUGCUGAUUCUCCUCUCACGUUCCCAUGGACUUCUCAGUUAACCCCUCCCAGAAAGCUUGACAUGCUCCAGCCCCCCUUCUCUAUGCCCUAGCUUCUCCAUCCUGCUAACCUGCCUCCUCUCACACCUCCAAGACUCCUCCCUCAAACCCUCUGGUUUGGGAAUAGAGAAUGCUUACGCUUGAAAAUCUUCAGUUUGGAGACUCAGCAGCCCCUUGAAGACAGUUUCGUUUGUCCCAGCUUUUGGAGAAAAUGAGGCUCAGAGGAAAUGAGAUCUCUACCCCAGAUGUCCAGCUCGCCGCUGUCCAAGAAACGUCGCGUGUCCGGGCCUGAUCCAAAGCCGGGUUCUAACUGCUCCCCUGCCCAGUCCGUGUUGUCUGAAGUGCCCUCGGUGCCAACCAACGGAAUGGCCAAGAACGGCAGUGAAGCAGACAUAGACGAGGGCCUUUAUUCCCGGCAGCUGUAUGUGUUGGGCCAUGAGGCAAUGAAGCGGCUCCAGACAUCCAGUGUCCUGGUAUCAGGCCUGCGGGGCCUGGGCGUGGAGAUCGCUAAGAACAUCAUCCUUGGUGGGGUCAAGGCUGUUACCCUACAUGACCAGGGCACUGCCCAGUGGGCUGAUCUUUCCUCCCAGUUCUACCUGCGGGAGGAGGACAUCGGUAAAAACCGGGCCGAGGUAUCACAGCCCCGCCUCGCUGAGCUCAACAGCUAUGUGCCUGUCACUGCCUACACUGGACCCCUCGUUGAGGACUUCCUUAGUGGUUUCCAGGUGGUGGUGCUCACCAACACCCCCCUGGAGGACCAGCUGCGAGUGGGUGAGUUCUGUCACAACCGUGGCAUCAAGCUGGUGGUGGCAGACACGCGGGGCCUGUUUGGGCAGCUCUUCUGUGACUUUGGAGAGGAAAUGAUCCUCACAGAUUCCAAUGGGGAGCAGCCACUCAGUGCUAUGGUUUCUAUGGUUACCAAGGACAACCCCGGUGUAGUUACCUGCCUGGAUGAGGCCCGACACGGGUUUGAAAGCGGGGACUUUGUCUCCUUUUCAGAAGUACAGGGCAUGGUUGAACUCAACGGAAAUCAGCCCAUGGAGAUCAAAGUCCUGGGUCCUUAUACCUUUAGCAUCUGUGACACCUCCAACUUCUCCGACUACAUCCGUGGAGGCAUUGUCAGUCAGGUCAAAGUACCUAAGAAGAUUAGCUUUAAAUCCUUGGUGGCCUCACUGGCAGAACCUGACUUUGUGAUGACGGACUUCGCCAAGUUUUCUCGCCCUGCCCAGCUGCACAUUGGCUUCCAGGCCCUGCACCAGUUCUGUGCUCAGCAUGGCCGGCCACCUCGGCCCCGCAAUGAGGAGGACGCAGCAGAACUGGUAGCCUUAGCACAGGCUGUGAAUGCUCGAGCCCUGCCAGCAGUGCAGCAAGAGAACCUGGACGAGGACCUCAUCCGGAAGCUGGCAUAUGUGGCUGCUGGGGAUCUGGCACCCAUAAACGCCUUCAUUGGGGGCCUGGCUGCCCAGGAAGUCAUGAAGGCCUGCUCCGGGAAGUUCAUGCCCAUCAUGCAGUGGCUAUACUUUGAUGCCCUUGAGUGUCUCCCUGAGGACAAAGAGGUUCUCACAGAGGACAAAUGCCUCCAGCGCCAGAACCGUUAUGACGGGCAAGUGGCUGUGUUUGGCUCAGACCUGCAAGAGAAGCUGGGCAAGCAGAAGUAUUUCCUGGUGGGUGCGGGGGCCAUUGGCUGUGAGCUGCUCAAGAACUUUGCCAUGAUUGGGCUGGGCUGCGGGGAGGGUGGAGAAAUCAUCGUUACAGACAUGGACACCAUUGAGAAGUCAAAUCUGAAUCGACAGUUUCUUUUCCGGCCCUGGGAUGUCACGAAGUUAAAGUCUGACACGGCUGCUGCAGCUGUGCGCCAAAUGAAUCCACAUAUCCGGGUGACAAGCCACCAGAACCGUGUGGGUCCUGACACGGAGCGCAUCUAUGAUGACGAUUUUUUCCAAAACCUAGAUGGCGUGGCCAAUGCCCUGGACAACGUGGAUGCCCGCAUGUACAUGGACCGCCGCUGUGUCUACUACCGGAAGCCACUGCUGGAGUCAGGCACACUGGGCACCAAAGGCAAUGUGCAGGUGGUGAUCCCCUUCCUGACAGAGUCGUACAGUUCCAGCCAGGACCCACCUGAGAAGUCCAUCCCCAUCUGUACCCUGAAGAACUUCCCUAAUGCCAUCGAGCACACCCUGCAGUGGGCUCGGGAUGAGUUUGAAGGCCUCUUCAAGCAGCCAGCAGAAAAUGUCAACCAGUACCUCACAGACCCCAAGUUUGUGGAGCGAACACUGCGGCUGGCAGGCACCCAGCCCUUGGAGGUGCUGGAGGCUGUGCAGCGCAGCCUGGUGCUGCAGCGACCACAGACCUGGGCUGACUGCGUGACCUGGGCCUGCCACCACUGGCACACCCAGUACUCGAACAACAUCCGGCAGCUGCUGCACAACUUCCCUCCUGACCAGCUCACAAGCUCGGGAGCCCCGUUCUGGUCUGGGCCCAAACGCUGUCCACACCCGCUCACCUUUGAUGUCAACAACCCCCUGCAUCUGGACUAUGUGAUGGCUGCUGCCAACCUGUUUGCCCAGACCUACGGGCUGACAGGCUCUCAGGACCGAGCUGCUGUGGCCACACUCCUGCAGUCUGUGCAGGUCCCCGAAUUCACCCCCAAGUCUGGCGUCAAGAUCCAUGUUUCUGACCAGGAGCUGCAGAGCGCCAAUGCCUCUGUUGAUGACAGUCGUCUAGAGGAGCUCAAAGCCACUCUGCCCAGCCCAGACAAGCUCCCUGGAUUCAAGAUGUACCCCAUUGACUUUGAGAAGGAUGAUGACAGCAACUUUCAUAUGGAUUUCAUCGUGGCUGCAUCCAACCUCCGGGCAGAAAACUAUGACAUUCCUCCUGCAGACCGGCACAAGAGCAAGCUGAUUGCAGGGAAGAUCAUCCCAGCCAUUGCCACGACCACAGCAGCCGUGGUUGGCCUUGUGUGUCUGGAGCUGUACAAGGUUGUACAGGGGCACCGACAGCUUGACUCCUACAAGAAUGGUUUCCUCAACUUGGCCCUGCCUUUCUUUGGUUUCUCUGAACCCCUUGCCGCACCACGUCACCAGUACUAUAACCAAGAGUGGACAUUGUGGGAUCGCUUUGAGGUACAAGGGCUGCAGCCUAAUGGUGAGGAGAUGACCCUCAAACAGUUCCUUGACUAUUUUAAGACUGAGCACAAAUUAGAGAUCACCAUGCUGUCCCAGGGCGUGUCCAUGCUGUAUUCCUUCUUCAUGCCAGCUGCCAAGCUCAAGGAACGGUUGGAUCAGCCGAUGACAGAGAUUGUGAGCCGUGUGUCGAAGCGAAAGCUGGGCCGCCACGUGCGGGCGCUGGUGCUUGAGCUGUGCUGUAACGACGAGAGCGGCGAGGAUGUCGAGGUUCCCUAUGUCCGAUACACCAUCCGCUGACCCCGUCUGCUCCUCUAGGCUGGCCCCUUGUCCAUCCCUCUCCACACCCCUUCCAGCCCAGGGUUCCCAUUUGGCUUCUGGCAGUGGCCCAACUAGCCAAGUCUGGUGUUCCCUCAUCAUCCCCCUACCUGAACCCCUCUUGCCACUGCCUUCUACCUUGUUUGAAACCUGAAUCCUAAUAAAGAAUUAAUAACUCCCA